AUGGCGCCAGAAUCUAAGACUCCGAAAAAGGAUCCCCGGGCCUGGGACGCUUUAACGCCGCCGCUGGCAGAAUGGAUUCUCGACGCCGUUUCGAGUAUGGGCUUUGCCCGAGCCACUCCCGUCCAGGCCAGCGUAUGGCCUCUCUUUGGAGGGGGGAAUAAGGAUGUAGUUGUCGAAGCAGUAACAGGAAGCGGGAAAACUCUCUCGUUCCUCCUCCCCCUCGUCCAUAGAAUCCUACGCCAGGAUGAACCCACAAAACGGCACCAUGUCGCCGCUAUCGUCGUUGCGCCCACGAAAGAACUCGCGGGCCAGAUCCACGGCGCCUUAACGUCGCUUAUCGCAUUUCACCCCGCGUCCGCCGACCUGCUCCCAUUCCUCUCAGGCGAGGAAAAGCGGCCGGAGACCAGUACUCCCGUGGUUGUACCACAGCUGCUUUCGGGUGGUAGCACCACGACGACGGCGCAGGACCUAAGUUUCUUCCUACGCGCGUCGCCGAAUAUCCUUAUAUCCACCCCGGGUCGGCUAGUGGAGCUGCUCUCAUCGCCGCAUGUGCAUUGCCCGCAAUCCUCCUUCGAAGUCUUAGUCCUCGACGAGGCCGACAGGCUCUUGGACCUAGGUUUCAAGGCGGAUCUGCAGAAAAUCCUGUCACGGCUACCGAAACAACGGAGGACGGGGCUCUUCAGCGCCAGCGUCAGCGAGGCCGUGGGCGAAAUCAUAAGAGUGGGUCUGCGGAACCCCGUCAAAGUUGCCGUGAAAGUAAAGAGCCUUAAGACCGGGGGUAUCAUCGAAGAGCGGCGGACUCCCGCAAGUCUGCAGAUGUGCUAUCUAACCACGCCCGCCAGCCACAAGUUGCCAAGCCUGGUCCAACUCCUCGAAAAACUCGACCCUCGGCCGCAGAAGAGCAUCGUGUUCCUCAGUACCUGCGCCGCCGUCGACUACUUCUCGCACAUCCUACCCGUCCUUCUACCAUCAGGUUUCGACCUCGUACCCUUACACGGUAAAUUCGACGCCAAGGUGCGGGAAAAGAACUUCAACAAGUUCCUCACCUCAGCCCAGCCCUCCAUUCUCCUCACAACCGACGUCGCGGCCCGCGGCCUCGACUUCCCUCAAGUAGACCUCGUAGUACAAAUCGACCCGCCCUCCGACCCGAAAUCCUUCCUCCACCGGUGCGGCCGCGCAGGCCGUGCCGGCCGCCGCGGUCUAAGCGUCGUAUUCCUUCAACCCAACGAAGAGGACUACGUCGCGUUCCUGGACGUGCGCAAGACGCCCAUCGCGCCGCUCCCCUUCCCGCGCAUCAUCGUCGCGGAGUCGGAGGCGCGCGACACGGCCGAGAAGAUACGGGCCGCGGUGCGCGCGGACCGCGCGCUGCACGACAAGGCGCAGAAGGCGUUCGUCAGCUGGGUCCGCAGCUACAGCAAGCACGCGGCGAGCUCCAUCUUCCGCGUCGGCGCCCAGGACUGGACGGACCUAGGGCUCGCGUGGGGCCUGCUGCGGCUGCCGAAGAUGCCGGAACUGAAGAAAUUCGCCGGCGACAAGUUCCUCGGCGUCGAGAUGGACUGGGAUGCGUAUUCCUACGCGAAGAAGGACCGCGAGAAGCUGCGGUUAACCGCGCUACGGGAGUACAUCGAGAAGAAGGAAAGCGGGGAAGGGGAAGCGGGGGGAGAUGAUAACGGCGCGGAGGCGCACAAGGCGAAGAAGAGGCGCAAUGCGGAGGCGUGGAGCGGGAAGCACGAGAAAGAGGAGCUGAGGGCGCAGCGCCGCGAUAAGAAGAGGCGCAAGCGCGAGGCGGGACGGAAGCAGGGGCUUAGCGAGGAGGAGAAGGCUAAGGAGAGGGAUCUCGAGAGUUUGCUGGAGGAGGUGAGGAGGAGGAAUAGGGAGAAAUAUGCUGCUGCUAGCGCUUCUGAUGCUGGGGAAGGAGGAGGUGAUGAGUUUUCGGGGUUUGAUUAG